AAAAAAGAAAUGAACGUGUAGGAGGAGAGUGGAAAUUGGAAAGAAGUGAUAAGGCGUAUAAAAGACGUAUUUCUUUGUGUGUGUAGUGUAGGUGUGAUUUGUGUGUUUGAGUGGAGGGUGGGGGCUGUGUGAAAAGAGGGGAGAAAUGCAGCUCAAACGAGUGGGUGAAUGGUUGGGGCAGGGAUGGAGAGAGAGAGAGGGAGAGUAUGAGGAGGGGGGUGCACAGAGUCUCAGUGGGGAGAUGAAUACAGUUGUGGAGGGAGACGGAGCAAGAUGCACACACAGUAAAACAGGAAAGAGAAGCCCACACACCAGAACCUAGUGAUAGAGGGUACUGGUUCAGCGAUAGAUGGAAGACACACUGGGAUAAAAUCAUCAAUAACCGAGGAGGGAGAACAAUCUCAGCCACUCACAACAUCUGGGCGCAGAGAGGCAGGAGUGUGGGGGAGGAAACAAAGGACGAGUGGAAAGAGGAGAGGAGUGACCAGAGGUGGGAAAAGAAAAGCUGAAGACUAAAACAGGUAGGAGAAAGCGCAUGAUGAGAGCAUGCUGCAAAAAAAUAAAAAUAAAAGAAAGAACUGAUUUUUAAUGUAGGAAAAAAAAAGGCAUGAAAGAAAUUUUGACCAUGAAAAUGUGAACUUGAUUUAUCUUUGAAUAUGCAUGCAGUGACAGCACUUCAAGUAUUUAAUUCUUUAGGGGAGAAGACGGGGUAAAGGGAUGAGAAAAAGUAAGGGGAUAAACUAAUUCAACUGAUCAAUUCUGAAGCAUGUCCGAGCUCCAAUUCUGCCAAAAUUAAAGCUAAAUAUAAUGUAAAUAUAUGGCAUGAAUUAAUCAUCAUCUGCCACAAUGUGUGGAAAAACAAGCAGGACCUCAAAUGUCUGUGGCACUUAAAUUCUAAUUUAUUGGUCCUCAGACAGGAAAAUCAACAGUGUUCAUAUGCAUCAUUUAUGCUUACAGAGCUGUGUGAAUAAUACAUUGCAUAUUUAAUGGACAUGUGCAUUGACACGCUUUACAAAGAAGCUGCAUCCAUAUAGUUUUUGUAAAUAAUGCUUUGGGGAAUACUGGGACUACAAACACGUGCAUGUGUGACAGAAAUUAAAAAUGGAAGUAGGCUGAAGUCAAUUACUGACAGGCUGGCUGAUCUGCAGGAGGAUAAAACAGGAGAGAAAGGAGGAGUAACAAGUAGUGUGGACAACAGGGGAAUCUUUGAUGAGUUCGAGACAGGGCUUGGGUGUAAGACAGGCUUAUUGAAUAAACCAUGAAGUAGAGAGGGGACAUAAAUCAGCAGGUGACAGGCUAUAAAACACACCUGUGUGCAAAAAAACAAGCGUUUAAAUGUGUAGGUGCAGACAUGCAGUCUUAUCUGGACUCUUUCUUGUCCUGCUCUGUGUUCUUAAGUGUUUGAGAGUGAAAAAAAUGGAGCGCAUGCUUAUGUAUUCAUGGAACUGGCAGGAUCGAUAGACUUAUCUGCUGCAUUUUGCAAGUUUGAGAGCAGUGAGGAAGCUCAGUUUUAUAACAUCAAAGAAGAGAGGGAAGGGCUGCUGAGCUGCACAUUUCCCCCGAGGUGUAUGAUCACAUCCGUGUGGGCGCUGCCACCUAAUGGAGAAACUGUGUUAGCCUAUUAAUUGUGAAUGUGCAGGAAGGAUGUAUUAGGACUUUUUUCAUGUUUUUUUAUUUGCCACAUCUCUCUGAGUACAGCUCCCAUCCCCUGCCUGCAGACCCCACCAUGUCCAUCCACUUACAGACGCUCCUGGUUCUCUGUUGGACCUUCACGUCAGGGUGAGAACCAGCCUAAGGGGAAAACACAAGUUCAGGGUUGACAACAUGAGCUUAUAUUGACGUCUGUAUUGAUUGUUCUACUUCCCUUCUCUGUGCUCAUUUCUUUUCAUCUCUCUUCAUUGUCACCAGAGCUUGUAUGUAUUCGAACCCACACUGGGGGGAGUGGAACGACUCCCAGCUUCUGCCAACCAUUCAAAAGCUGAUGAAAGGAUAUAACCGCUACCUUAGACCUAACUUCAAUGGUAAAACCGUGAUUAAUAAGUGAUUGUUUUAACAUUAAAUGUUUAAUUAGGACUUAUCUUGGGUGUUCCUUGCUUUGAGAAUGACUUUUAUCUAAAUCUUCCCCAGAGGGUCCUGUGGAGAUUGGAAUGAGUCUUGAUAUUGCCAGUAUUGAUGCCAUCUCUGAAAUCAAUAUGGUACACUACUCUUCUCUCUUUUUUUCAGUGUAAAAGAUAAGCAGAGUGUGAAAUCAGGGCCUUAUCUUCUUUUACAUGAUAUUCCAGGACUACACUGCUACCAUCUUCCUACGCCAGCGGUGGCGGGAUUCCCGACUUGUGUUUCCUGGAAAUGAGAGUGUCAGCGUUGAUGGGCGCCUGGUGUCACUGCUCUGGAUCCCUGACACCUUCAUCCCGGAUUCAAAGCGCUCCUUCCUGCAUGAUGUCACAGUUGAAAACCGCCUCAUUCGCAUCUUCAGCAAUGGGACUGUCCUCUACGCUCUUCGGUAUAUUCCGUUUCUUAAGCUUUAGUGCUGACUUGACAUUUGCUGGCAUUUGAUUCUCCUGCGUGCAGAAGAUUAAGAGAGCUCUUGUGUGGAAAUGUAGAGAAAGAGAGCAAGAAGGUGAUGGAUGUAAGAGAAAGGAAAGGACGUGUUAAUCUAAAUUUUUUUUUUAUGUUUUAAGCUGUUUUCUUCUGUUGUCCUGCUAAUUAAUCAUAAAAUAGCCUUGAGAGCUCCUAAAACAUGGAAAAAGGUCAUGAUGUAUCAUCACAUAGUCAUUUAACUUUUGAGAAUGCAACUGUCUUAUUGUCCAUAUUGUGUCAGUAAAGAUUGACAGAUUCCCCUGUGGCUACACGACAAAAAUCCGUUUGACAUUUAAUCUGUCAUGUCACACUGAUAGGAAUCUGGACAGAUUAAUUUGUGGACAGAAAGGGCAGAGCUGUGCUUAAUUUUCCUCUUUUUUCCUUUUCCGUGAAGCUUGUUUGUCCUACCGUUUGUCUGAUUUAAUGAGGCUGUGCAUUGUUUUAACAGUAACAUUGCAAAGUAGACCUAUGUUAUCACUGCUAUUGUUUGUCAAACUAAAGUCUACCAUGUUUCUUGUCUCUUUCUCUGCAUAUUUUUUUGCUGUAGCUCUGCACAAAUACAACAUAAUGAUGUCCUAAGAGAUAUUUAAUUCAAUCACAGUAUGAAUAAUACAUAGCUGACACAUCAAGUACAAAAAUCAUCUGAUGCUGACACCUCAGAUUUUAGUUCUGGUUGCUUUGAUUGUUACUCAGAGGGAGAGUUUUUUUUUGUGUUCAUUAGUUAUUUAUCACAUAGUCUCACAUCAAAGAAGCGACUGAGAUUGAAGUAGAGAUGUUUCGAAGGUUUCUAAUGAUCUUGCUGUGAAUACAUCACAGCAUCACCGCUACAAUCGCCUGCAACAUGGACCUGACCAAGUACCCCAUGGACAGACAGGUGUGCACCCUGCAGCUGGAGAGCUGUGAGUACCUGUGAGCUCCACCCAACACAUCCAUCAAAUGUGUUAAAGGACAUAGAUCACCAUCUUUCAUCAUCACCAUCAUCACCAUUUUCAUCAUCAGCAUCAAUGUAGUGAGUAUGAAUCUAAUGAUGUUAUCCUCGGCAGGUUCGAUUCAUCACACCUUGAUUAUAAAACCUUGAUGUGUGUGUUUGUGUCUGAUCAGGGGGCUAUAACCUGCAGGAUGUGGUGUUUUAUUGGACCAGAGGGAAUGAUUCAGUAAAAGGUCUGGACACACUGCGGCUCGCUCAGUACAGUGUAGAGAGCUAUUAUACAACAGUGUCAGAAGCGGUGUACGAAACAGGUAAAAUAAGAUACAAUUCAAAUACAACAACAGUCAAUGUCUCGAUUUUACUGUAUGAGAAGCUGGGUCUGUUUUUUGCUUCCUCUCACAGGACAAUACCCCAAGCUGGUGUUGCAUUUUGCACUACGCAGGAACGUGCUGUUCUUUAUCCUGGAGACAUAUGUUCCCUCCAUUCUGCUGGUGGUUCUUUCCUGGGUCUCUUUCUGGAUCAGCCAGUCCUCCGUCCCUGCAAGGACCUGCAUCGGUCAGCAUCACAUCCCUUACUGCAUCUAACUAUUGAAUUAUAUAGAUGCUAUAUAAUUCUUUUAUGUAAAACCCACUAUCUGAAUCUGAGAUUCAUUAUUGUUUUGACAUCCAUAUAUUUGUAGCACUCCUUAAAAGUCUGGUGUCAUUUCACACUACUGCCAUAAGGAGGAGUGACCAUACUCAGACACUAUUAAACAUUUGUUCAACAGAUUGUGCCAGCUCUGUACUUCCCAGAGAGGUGAAUCUAUAACAAAAAAUGUGUCUGUCAUCAGAGAAACUGCAAAAUCUUAUUGCACUGUGAUACUAAUUUUGCAACUAGUUUUGGCUUUCCUCAAAACAAAGAUCUACUAUACGGAAAAAAUGAACAAUUGGGUCUAAAGGACUAUCUAACAAUGAGUGAGGCAUUUAAGGAAAUAAUAGGAUGAAUUUUCAGACUGUGGACUUAUUUGGAAAAGUGAGUUAACAAAUAAAGAGUGAGGAAGAGUACGUUUUGCAUCUUGUUGCAUUACAAAUGUUCCUCUGUUUGUAGCCAAUGUAGCUCCCCCUACUGGCACAUCGGAAAAAGAAUCACAUUUUAUUCCUGGGUAAUGUUUUAACUUCAGGCUGGUGCAGAAGUGCAACAACUGCAGCUCCUUGAGUGUCCACCUCUGGCUAGCUCCAAAACUUCCAAAUGUCAAAGCAGAACUAUUUGUUAAGGCUACUAUAAAGAGUUUUUUGGAUUUGUUAUGAAAAAGGCUAAAUUGAACAGUGAUGUUGCUCUCUGAAGUUGAAAAAGUAAAUUCAAUCAUAAAAAACAAGACUGACAAUUACCAUAUUGUAAAUUUUGAAUGCCUGAAGCUGCUGUGAGAGGGCAGGCACGCUGGUGAAAAAGCGAUUGAUGAAUUUCACAGUAAAAAAAAGAAGAGAAAAAACAGAAGGAGGAUUUAGAGAAGGCUCAACAACAAUAAGAGGAAAAUCACUUUGUCAACUGGGGGGUUCCAAAACCAUCUGACACAUGGAGUUACUCACAGGACCUUUAACAGUCUGAUGCAAAUAAGGGUUUUGGUCUAUAGAGCUCUGUUUGUAAUGAUUUUAAAUAACUCAUUUGUUUUGGUAUUGAUCAGGAUAAGGGUUGUCCGUAAUUUGGCAUUAUUAAAGGUGAGGCAAGUUUGACUGACAGGUGUGCAAACUGAAACUUGGACCCAGGAUUAAAUGUUGAAUUGAUUGCCACAGCCUUUUUCUCAGUUAACUGGUAGUUUGCUGGAGUCAGUUUCUCCAGUAUGGUGUCUUUAGAGUGGGUGACACCACUGAGACUGUCUUUGUUUUAAAAUCUCUUUGGUCUUUCUUUAAACACAAAAAAACAAACCCUUAUCUUUGUUCCUUUUGCUACUCCUGCAGUCUAACGACAACCAAUUUCAGCUGCAAACACAGCAGCUGACAACUCAGCAAUGCUUUAUAACUCUCAUUGUUUUGUGAAAAUCUAUAAAUAUGUCAUCACUUGAGCACUGGUCCAACUUCCAUUUUGACCUUUAUGUUUUUAACUGCAACACGUCGACCAGGUUAUAAAUGGACGACCAGGUAAUGGAGGGCUGAGAUAAUAAGGGUCUAGCCUCACACGUAUUGACGUUUUUACUUGCAAUCGAUGUGUGGAUUGAAAUUCAGCCCACAUCUGUUAUGUAUUUUUCAGGAGUGACAACAGUCCUGACAAUGACCACACUGAUGAUGGGCGCCCGUACUUCCCUUCCUAACGCUAACUGCUUCAUCAAGGCGAUAGAUGUUUACCUGGGGAUCUGCUUCACCUUUAUCUUUGGGGCUCUGCUGGAGUACGCCUGUGCCCACUUCUACACCAUGCAGAACCACACCAUAGAGGAACUACACAGGGUAAGGAAAUGUUCACUUUUAAAAGUCAUUUUUUCAUCACAAGUAUCCCAAAACUAUUGUUUGUCUUUUCUGCUAUCAGGAGCUUCUGAAGGAGUUACACGAAUCCAGUGGGAAUGGCUCCAUCCCCAUCGUCACCUCCACCCAACCAAAACAGUCUGUGGAGGUGGAUUCGACUGUAGAGGAGCCCACUGAGCAGUCAGCCAACAGUGACACUAAAAAUAAUGAAGGGUUAAAAGACAAGACUCCAGACCAGGGCUGCACCCUAUCAUCAGUAAAGGGCGCAUCACGUAGAGCCGCAUCUGUCUUCACGGUGGAAAAUCCACACAACAUUGAUCGUCACGCCCGCACAGUUUUCCCCACAGCAUUUCUGUUUGUCAAUAUCCUCUACUGGCUUUACUAUCUCUUCCUCUGAGCCCUGGUUUCUCACUGCUGUGUUGUUUAUUUUGCCAUCCUGAAGCUGCUCUACCUCCUCCGUUGAGACCCAAAACCAGUCACCACUGCCUGGAUCUGAACCGAACAAACAAUCAUAUACUAUCACAUGUAUAAACUUAAAGACAGGGCUACAAAGUGAUGAAAAGCAGUUCAAUUAAAAAGUCUUUUCUUUGGAUCACACCGUCAUAAAAGCUAUUGUUAAUAAUAGAUGCAACUGCUACUUUCAUAUAAGCAUGUUAAACAAUGAAACAAAGCCGUUAUCUGUUUAUUUAUGAAUGAUUUCAUGAAAAGGAAGUUUUAAACAAGUCUGCCUAAGCUGCAUCACAUUAUACUGUGCUGCAUUACAAUGCCUUCAUUAACUGACUUAUGUACGUUUUUUUCAUACAUUGUUUUCAUGAAUUCAUAAUUAUUUCACAACAUAAAAUGUGAAAUUAAAAGAAUAAAUCAAUGACUA